UAUAGAAUACGAUAGUGUGUGAUUCGCUAAUCAUAAAAAAUUCUCUUUUAUUCCUGUACGCUCAUCAAUCAUCAUUAACGUAUGGUGUGUCAAAAAAAAUGAAAAACGACCUUAUUAAUCGAAGAUUGAAAAGUUGAGAACUGAAAAAACUUUGAGAUUUGAGAAACAAACGAAACUUUAAUCAGAAGAAAACAAGGAGAUUAAAAGAAAGUUUUUCUUUCUUGUUCGUUUUAAAAAAAUUGAGAGAAAAUCCGAAGCAUUUCAUCUGCACUCACACAUACAUACGUAAAACUCAUAGAUUUAGAGGAAACUAAAGGAACUGCACAGCAAUAUCAAAGAAGAAAAAAGUUUGAAGGAUGGAGACGAGAGCAGCGACAUUUUAUCAAAAUUUAAAAUUGUUCUUCAACUGAAAAACUUUUCUCAUCUUCAUCAUAUUUCCUUCGACAACGACUGUUUUAAGAAGGUUGAGGUGGAUAGAAGAAGAAAAAAAUCAUCAUUACCACCACUAUUUGUCUCCCGCUAUCAUCAUCAUCUACUUUUAUUUUACUUCAUAUUCUUCUUCAAUAAUAUAUAGAGCAGAGACAAGUCCUUACUAUUGACACUGGUACAUUUGCUGCUUCUACUGCGUUUUUUCACUGCACACAUUUAAAAAGAAGAAAACAACUGAACUGUUGUGUCGUUACGAAGCAAAAGGAACUGAAACUGUAAAAGAAAACAAAAAUGCAAGAAAAUAGAAUAACAUCAGUAACCGCACCAUCACCAUCAUCGUCAUCAUCGGAAACAUCACCCACGGGAGGGAAUGAGAAAGGAAGUGAUAUUACAUCAAAUACAAAUACAUCGACAUCAAAUGCAAAUGAUAUCGAUCAAGCACAAUUUGAAGCAGACAAACGUGCCGUAUAUAAACACCCUCUCUUUUCACUCCUGGCACUGCUGUUGGAAAAAUGUGAGCAAGCAACACAAGGUUAUAUUGCAUCAAAUUCAUCAUCAAACUCAUCAUCUGCUUCAAGUCCUGACGGGUCCACGAACAAUAAUGUGAGCGAUAGUUUUUCUAGAGAUAUUCAAGCUUUUGUACAACUAUUAGAGAAAGAAAAACGUCCACUUUUAACAAACAAUCCAGAACUAGACGGGCUUAUGAUAAAAGCUCUUCAAGUACUUCGCAUUCACCUAUUGGAACUUGAGAAAGUUCAAGAGUUAUGUCGAGAUUUCUGCACUCGUUAUAUAGCAUGUUUGCGUGGCAAAAUGCAAUCGGAAAAUUUAUUAAGAUCUGAUUACCCAAUGGAGCAUAUAAGCAAUAGUAAUAUGUCUAACUCAAAUAGUCCCGUCAAUAGUCCCGUGGAUCAGGAAACAUUAUCGAAUCAGCAAAAUUUCUUUCAAAAUAAUAACAGCAACAGCGAUUUUUUAGCGAAUACGAAUGAAGAUUACUCAAAUAACAAUGGAAAUAGUAAUCAUGGCUUCAUAAACAAUCGCGCAACGCACACAAAUCAUUUAAAUUCUCCAAAUGGAAUGGACGGUUCAUUAAAUUUAUCAAAUCCUGAAAUUAAUAUUCCCAUAUUAGCAGCCAGUGCAAAUGCAUCACUUGUGGGUGGCGGAAUUCCAUCAACCCAUCCACAUCAAAUUCUCGGAUCAACGCCACUUAGUCAAAUAGGAUGUCCUCCAUUAAAUCUCGAACAAUAUUCAGCUCAAUUAUCACCGUCAUGCGGUGAUUCAGAAGAAGAAAUUGAUUCAGAACUAGAGUCAAAUGCCGACGAAAUGGGAUCAAAUUAUUCGCUGCAUUCGAAACGUCAAAAGCGUGGAAUUUUACCGAAACAUGCAACAAGUGUUAUGAGGGCUUGGCUAUUUCAGCAUUUAGUGCACCCUUACCCGACCGAAGAUGAAAAGCGUGCGAUAGCUGCACAAACAAACUUGACACUUUUACAAGUAAACAAUUGGUUUAUCAAUGCUCGACGACGCAUAUUGACACCAAUGUUGGAGCACGCGUCUGAUAGUUCGUCCAAUACCAAAAAAUCGCCAGAACAGCAACAAACAGAUCAGCAGAUAGCCAAACGAUUUUGGAGUGAACAGUUAUCAAAUUCUCAGCAUCCAAUUCAGCUUGAUGCAAACAUUGAAAAUAUAAGUGCAAAUAUUAAUCGUAUGGAUUCCGAAAGAUUAUUGGCCAUUGUGACACAGCACAAACUUCAACAGCAAUUUUAUAGUUCCGAUGAAAGUAAUGAUGAUGCCGCUUUACUUGUUAAUCAACAACGUUAAACAUAAUUUUUUGCAUGCAGACACAAAACCUUUAUGAGAAAACGUCCACCAAAAUAACUUUUAGAUGAGAAAUGAAAUGAAAUUUAAGGAAAUAUAAUGAGAAAAAAAAAAUUGUAUACUAUUUUAAAAUCAUCUAGGAUUUUAAUGUUAUUUUUUGCAAAAAGUGAAUUGAAAUUAUUAAGAACCAUGGCAUUUAAAAUGGAAGUGGAUACGUACGAGGUAAGAAAUUAUUGUAUUCAAUGGAACAUUCCUCAACAAUUAAUAAUUUCUACAUGACGACAAAUAAUAUUGCUUAAGAAUAUUCAGAUAGAUUGAAUGACCACCCACCCUAUCCACUCUCAUUUUAAAUCGAAUAAUUUUUUUAUUAAAAAAA